CCGCCCCACCCCACUUCCUUCCCACCCUCGGCUGCAGCAGGCUGCAACCCCUGAGAACCCAGCCCGAGUCGGAGUCUCGGCACCCGUUCUGGCAGCCCCAGCUCCUCUGGUGCCGGCUGAGAACACACAGCGCCAGCCUGCGAGACCCCGGCCCCCUCCCGGACCAUGAACCAGAAGACCACCCUCGUGCUCCUGGCCCUGGCUGUCAUCACCAUCUUUGCUUUGGUUUGUGUCCUGCUGGCCGGCAGGAGUGGAGACGGGGGCCCACCCGGCCAGCUGACCCCGUGCCCAACGGCUGCUUCCCCUGCCCGGCCAUACACGCAUCCAGACCCCGGCCUGCUGUUUGCAGACCUGAGCCCAGAGGAGCUGGCAGCCGUGAUGGGCUUCCUGACCCCGCGGCUGGGGCCGGGCCUAGUGGACGCGGCCCACGCGCAGCCCUCAGACACUUGCGUCUACUCGGUGGAGCUGCAGCUGCCCCCCAAGGCCGCCGCCCUGGCCCACCUGGAUGCAGGGGGCACCCCGCCCGCCCGGGAGGCGCUGGCCAUCGUGCUCUUCGGGGCCCAAGCCCAGCCCAACGUGAGCGAGCUGGUGGUGGGGCCCCUGCCCGGGCCGUCCUACCUGCGAGAUGUCACCGUGGAGCGCUAUGGGGGCCCCCUGCCCUACCACCGGCGCCCCGUGCUGCCCAGAGAGUACAAGGACAUUGACCGCAUGAUCUUCGAGCGAGAGCUGCCCCAGGCCGCAGGGCUUCUCCACCACUGCUGCCACUACACGCCCCAGGGAGGCCAGCUGGUGACGGUGACCACAGUGCCCCGGGGCCUGAAGUCAGGGGACCGGGCCACCUGGUUUGGCCUCUACUACAACGUCUCGGGCGCCGGCGUCUUCCUGCACCCCAUAGGGCUGGAGCUGCUAGUGGACCACGGGGCCCUGGACCCUGCCCGCUGGACUGUCCAGAAGGUGUUCUUCCAGGGCCGCUACUACGACAGCCUGGCCCGGCUGGAGGACCAGUUUGAGGCCGGCCUGGUGAAGGUGGUGCUGGUCCCCGACAAUGGCACGGGUGGGGCCUGGUCCCUGAAGUCGCCGGUGGCCCGGGGCCCGGCUCCCCCUCUGCAGUUCCACCCCGAGGGCCCCCGCUUCAGCGUCCAGGGCAGCCGUGUGGCCUCCUCCCUGUGGGCCUUCUCCUUUGGCCUUGGAGCCUUCAGCGGCCCGAGGGUCUUUGACAUCCGCUUCCAGGGAGAAAGGGUGGCCUACGAGGUCAGUGUCCAGGAGGCCCUGGUCGUCUACGGGGGAAAUUCCCCAGCAGCAAUGCUGACCCACUACUUGGAUGGCAGCUUUGGCAUCGGCAAGUUCUCCACGCCCCUGACCCGCGGGGUGGACUGCCCCUCCCUGGCCACCUACAUGGACUGGCACUUCCUGGUGGAGUCACACGCCUCCAGGACCAUCCGUGACGCCCUUUGUGUGUUUGAACAGAACCAGGGCCUCCCGCUGCGGCGACACCACUCAGAAUUCCACUCCUAUUAUUUUGGGGGUGUUGUGGAGACAGUGCUGGUGGUCAGGUCUAUGGCCACCUUGCUCAACUAUGACUAUGUGUGGGACAUGAUCUUCCACCCCAACGGGGCCAUCGAAGUCAAGGUCCACGCCACGGGCUACAUCAGCUCCUCGUUCCUGUUCGGUGCUGCCCAGAGGUACGGGAGCCGGGUCGGGGAGCACACACUGGGCACGGUCCACACCCACAGCGUCCACUUCAAGGUGGACCUGGACGUGGCAGGACCGGAGAACUGGGCCUGGGCCGAGGACCUGGCCUUCGUCCCCGCAGCCGUGCCCUGGAGCCCUGAGCAGCAGAUCCAGAGGCUGCAGGUGACGCGCAAGCAGCUGGAGACGGAGGAGCAGGCUGCCUUCCCCCUGGGCGGGGCCGCGCCGCGCUACCUGUACCUGGCCAGCAACCGCAGCAAUAAGUGGGGGCGCCCCCGGGGCUACCGCGUGCAGCCGCAGGGCCCUGCGGGGGAGUUGCUGCCCCGGAACAGCUCCAUGGCGGGGGCCUUCAGCUGGGUGCGGUACCAGCUAGCCGUGACGCGAAGGAAGGAGGAGGAGCCCCGCAGCUCCAGCAUCUUCAAUCAGAACGACCCCUGGACGCCCAGCGUGAAUUUCGCAGAUUUCAUCAACAACGAGACCAUCACGGGGGAGGACCUGGUGGCCUGGGUGACAGCUGGAUUCCUGCACAUCCCGCACGCAGAGGACGUCCCCAACACGGUGACCGUGGGCAACGGGGUGGGCUUCUUCCUGCGGCCCUACAACUUCUUCGACGAGGACCCCUCCUUCCGCUCUGCCGACUCCGUGUACUUCCGGGAGGGCGAGGACGCCGGCGCCUGCGAGCUCAGCCCCCAGGCCUGCCCGUCCCGGGCCGCCGCCUGCGCCCCCCACCUCCCUGCCUUCUCCCACGGGGGCUUCUCGCACGACUAGGGGCGGGUGAGGGACAGGCCGGCCUGGCUCCCCGUGUCCUUCCUCAGCCCUGCUGUCCCCUGCACGGCCCUCCUCCCGCUGUCCUCUGGGGCCUCUGAGCCCGGGGUGCCCGUCGGGAGGCACGGGUCCUGCUGGCCCCGCUGUGCUGAGCCCGCCAGGGAGGAGGGGGCGGAGAGUGCGGGAGCGGCCGCACUGUCCCCAGAUGAGUCCCUUUUAUGCUUCCUGGCUUUCCCGAUGCCCCUCAGGCUGCCUUUGAGGAUGGCACACUGGGAUCUCCCCCUCGGAGCCCCAGGGCAGGGCGCGAGGGGCGUCCCUCCUCGGUGUCCCGCACCCUCAGUUCUCAACUACAGCCUCUUGUGGUCCUGAGCCUGCGGCAUCUCGAGGAGGCCAGGGCCCCUGCAUGGCAAGGCUGCUCCGUGCUGGCCUCUCGCCCCUGGCAUUUGUGAGGAAGAGUCGCACCUACCUGGUCCUGCGAGCAAGAGGACCGGUCGUUUAGCUCCAGGCCUGCAGAUGACCAGAGCAGCACCUGGUGGGGGCGCUGGGCAGGAACCACGGUGGGCACCCAGGGCCCGGAGGAGGAUGUCCUGGGACUCUGCCCCCUGGUCCAGGACCGACCAAUCACCUGCAGACAUGCAAGUAAGCCAGGGCUUCAAGUGGGCGGAGCCUGGCAUCUGCUGGUCCCUCCUUGGUCUGCCCUAGGGAGGGGAAGAAAGAGGGGACAGGCCCCUCGAUGCUGACCACCUCACACAAUGCGGCUAACAGCUUGUCCCCUGCCUUCUGUAUUCGGGGCGUCGCCUUACAGUUCGAAGGCAAAGUGCAGGGUGAGCGAGCACAAAUCCAGUGUGUGACGUUUAGGGGGAGGUGGGCGCACGCUGCUGUCUAGUAGGGGUGAGCGCUGUGCUACCAUACGCUCAGGGGGGGGCGCCCUGCCAAGCCUUCUGUGCUGCCAACCUUGACCGUGUGCCUACACUGCUGAGUCAAAUAAAUAAUAAAUGGGCCCCAACGUCA